UUGAUGAUACAAAGAAAACAUCGCAUGAACUCACUGCAUGGACAACUUUAAAACAUAACGUUUGUCUUCGUUUAAAUAGUUGUUUGUUGGAGGCCAGGGAGGCCAGUUGGAACACCUCAGUGUCAUUAUCUCAACAGAAGUAGGCGGCCCUGAUGAGCAGAUAUGCCUGAAAUAAAAGUAACCCCGUUAGGUGCUGGGCAGGACGUGGGCCGCAGCUGCAUCCUGGUCUCCAUCGGGGGGAAGAACAUCAUGCUGGACUGUGGGAUGCACAUGGGAUACAACGAUGACAGACGUUUCCCAGACUUCUCUUACAUCACCCAGAACGGGCGUCUGACAGACUUUUUGGAUUGUGUGAUCAUCAGUCAUUUCCACCUGGACCACUGCGGCGCUCUGCCCUUCAUGAGCGAGAUGGUUGGCUACGACGGACCCAUCUACAUGACUCACCCCACCAAGGCCAUUUGUCCCAUUUUACUUGAGGAUUUCCGAAAAAUCACAGUCGAUAAGAAGGGAGAGACCAACUUUUUUACUUCGCAAAUGAUCAAGGACUGCAUGAAGAAAGUGGUUCCUUUGAACCUCCACCAGACGGUCCAGGUGGAUGACGAGCUGGAGAUCAAGGCGUACUACGCCGGCCACGUCCUGGGAGCCGCUAUGGUGCAACUCAAAGUGGGAUCAGAGUCGGUGGUUUACACUGGGGACUAUAAUAUGACACCAGACAGGCAUUUAGGCGCUGCGUGGAUCGAUAAGUGCCGUCCAGACAUCCUGAUCUCAGAGUCCACGUACGCCACCACCAUCCGCGACUCCAAGAGGUGCAGGGAGAGGGACUUUCUCAAGAAAGUACACGAAAGCAUAGAAAGAGGAGGAAAGGUUCUUAUUCCAGUCUUUGCCCUCGGACGAGCACAAGAACUCUGCAUCCUGUUGGAAACAUUUUGGGAGAGAAUGAACCUCAAGGCUCCAAUCUACUUCUCAACUGGGCUGACGGAGAAAGCCAAUCAUUAUUACAAGCUUUUCAUCACGUGGACCAAUCAGAAGAUUCGGAAAACCUUUGUGCAAAGAAACAUGUUUGAAUUUAAGCACAUCAAGCCCUUCGAUCGUUCGUACGCGGAUAAUCCCGGGCCGAUGGUGGUGUUCGCCACACCAGGGAUGCUGCACGCCGGCCAGUCGUUGCAGAUAUUCAAGAAGUGGGCCGGCAAUGAGAAGAACAUGGUGAUCAUGCCCGGGUACUGUGUACAAGGAACAAUUGGUUAUAAGAUCCUGAAUGGGCAGAGGAAACUGGAGAUGGAAGGAAGAGCAACACUAGACGUGAAGAUGCAGGUGGAGUACAUGUCCUUCAGCGCUCACGCCGACGCCAAGGGAAUCAUGCAGCUGAUCCGCAUGGCGGAGCCGCGCAACAUGCUGCUGGUGCACGGAGAGGCCGUGAAGAUGGAGUUCCUGAAGGGCAAGAUCGAGCAGGAGUUCAGCAUCGACUGUUACAUGCCGGCCAAUGGAGAGACGGUAACCGUGACAACGAACCCCAGCGUGCCUGUUGACAUGUCAGUCAACCUGCUGAAGAGGGAGAUGGCUCUCGGAGGAACCCUGCCCGACCCUAAGAAACCUCGCAGCAUGCACGGCACCCUGAUCAUGAAAGAAAAUAGUCUGAAGCUGGUGUCGUCGGAGCAGGCCCUGAAGGAGCUGGGCCUCAACGAGCACCAGCUCCGCUUCACCUGCCGCGUGCAGCUGCAGGACCCGCACAGCGACGCCGACACACUCCUCCGGAUCUACACACACCUCAAGAGUGUGUUAAAAGGUUACGCCAUCCAGCACCUCCCCGACGGCACCGUCAUGGUGGAGUCCAUCGUCAUCAAAGUCUCCUCUUCUGCUGAAGACACCAACUCCAAAGUCCUGCUCCUCUCCUGGAGCUAUCAGGAUGAAGACCUGGGGAGCUACCUGUCCUCUCUGCUGAAGAAGGGCCUUCCCUCCGGACUGUGCUGAAUCCUCUGGUCACAAACGCCGAGCAUUUGGAGGGAACUUCCCGUCCGAGCUGCUCCCUCCCUCUGAGAGUUAGAAACUCAGAUGUUCCCAUGGAAACCCGAGCACCGAGGCUGGACCUGCUCCCUCGUCUCACCGCACUGGGACUGUGUUUCCUCAUGUGUCCAGAUUGGUUCAGUUUUUUAUGCAUCAUUAGACUUUUAAAGAAAAAUCAGAUCCUCCAAUUCUGCUGUAAAUCUCUUUAUUUUGAAUAAGCCAAUGUGAAUAAACACUUAGACAGAAAAGGUUGGUUUUGUAGUCCUGU